UGGUUGGUUUAUCUUUGUAACCGUCGUAAUGUAGAACCAGUGCAUGUUGGGAAACAGGAAGUAAAAUCACCAUGCGGUAGUUAGCUACAGGAAUGUGUGAGCUCUACCCGUCGUCAGUUUCUGAGUCGAUCGCUUUUCCUUCUCCCUUUUUGCUAAGGCAACGUCUCUGGAGCCGGAGAGAGAUUGGAGAUCACCAGGCGGUUGGAGGCGCAGAGAUUUCUGUGGCAGCUUGGUUAGAGGUGGCGAGAGAGGCAACAGAAAAAAGAAAACGACAUCAACUGAAACACGUAGACCCAGGCAUGCGUCCCCGCUCCAGACCUCAGGCUAAAAGGGGCCUGCCCACCAUCAGGGAGGGCUACGAAGAACUUGUCCAGGACAUGAACCAGGCCAACAGCCGCCACCUCCCACACCACGGCCAGGCCCAAUCGUUGUCUACCCACGACUACGUCCUGUCAAUAUGCCAGCUCGCCCGCCCGACCUUCCCCCAGUCCGAGCCCGACUGUGACAUCCUCGCCAUGGGUUCCCUGGCAUCUCUGAGGCCUUGUCUGAGGCUCCACAGACUGAGGAACCCUGCACCGCCCCAUCAGCCAUUGAAUUCCCAGGUUGGCCACCGCCCACAGCUGAAGCAGGAGAAUAGCCGCGGUGAGUGCAGUGGCCUGGAGAGAGAGGUGUGUGUCGGUUCAGGUCGGUCCUCCCCCAGAGGGGUGCCCAGUGUCUCUGAUCCCCUGGAGUACCUUUACGGUCACGGGGAGGCACUCUUCUCGACCACCCUUCACUCCCACAGCUCACAGGGCUGGAGAAAUGAGGGGAGAGGAAGCAACCGGCAUCGGCAACAACCCCAGAUACACACCGACAGCUUCCCAGGCAUGUGUUCCUUACCCCCGACCCAACGGAAAAUCAGUUGCCCUGAGCUCAGCCUCGUGGACCCCGCUGACCUAGAGAAGCCCACCUCUGACCCCGCUCAGCCGCAGACAGUCUCCUCAGAGCAGCAGAAACCUGACGCCUCCAGCUCACUCUCCUGGAGAUUCCAGAACAACUUGUACAGGGUUUCGGCAGGUGAAAGGGGGAAGUGCCCUUGCUACUUAGACAAACACACAGUGGUAUCAAGCUGGAUCGCCGAAUGUCGCACAGCCUGGAGAGAAGCCAGAAUCAGGGCCUGCAUGCUUCCUGCCAUUGCAGAGAUGUAAACACAUAGAUCUUCUGUAACAUUUCCAUGCCCCACUCGGAAUCAUUGUGCAUUGUGGAUCCUUGAUGUACGUACUACAUACUGUUUAAUUAACUGGCACAUUUGGCCAAUUGCAGGCCCAUAUGGUAACAUGUACAACUCCAGUUUUCAUUUGUGAACUUUUUGAAGAGUAUAUAGAUUAAGACCAUAGAGAUGAUCAGAGGACUUAGAGGAGCGACAGGUGGCCUAGACUUUAAAGUAUCUUACCAGUAACCAAAUUGUUGCUAGAUCCCUGAGCCUGAAAAAUGAAAUAUUGUAAUUCUGUCCCUGACAGAAGACAAGACAAUUGACACUAAUUGCUUCCUGAUUUUUUUUGCACUAAUUUUCAUUGAAGACAUCCACAAAUUUCAACUUUAUUGGCUGAUUCAUCCCGAUGACCCGAUUGGUCAUUGGCUGAUCCUUCCUAAUGACUAUAUUAACAUGACGAUGGCCUCAAUGGCUCUGCCCAUGCUGGAACAGAUGCUUUGGUGACACACAUGGGUCCUCUGUUUAUCUCGACCCUUAAGACAUAUUGUAGACUAGCGUAUGCUUCAUUCAUAUCACAGUAGGUGGAAUAUUGACAGUGCCUAUGAAAGAUAGUAUUUAGGUAGCCUCCGUGUCAUUAAACAUACGGUCAUUAGGCAAGACUGUUUUGUGAGAAUGGUCACAUAUGACCAGUAUUAAUAUAAAGUUUACAGGAAGAGGAAAGACUAAGAAAAAUAUCAGAUUAUAUUUCCUAGGGAAUUAGCGAUUACUUAAAUCUUUCUAUUUCACUCCAUUAUUGACUAAUAAUAAUUAUUAAAUACUUUUUUUGUGACAUAUGGGCAGCUAAAACAACAAAUAAAAUUCUACAGAGUUGAGAAAAAUGUGUCCUAUUGUUAGCUAGUUAGGGCUCAGCCCUCCAACUCAGAUUACUCUCAGUGGUUUUGAAAAUCUAUUUUGUGAUUUCCUCUCUUGUGUAUAAACUUGAUUAUGCAAUGAAAAUAUCUAUUUUAAUCUUCUUCACUUAUUAAAGCCAUGAUAAAAUAGAUACAGGUAAUGUAUAUUAAAUCAUGUCAAUGAAUUCCCACUGAGUGAGAUGUUAUGUAAAAAUGUUGUAUGUGACAUUUCAAUUGCAAGAUCAGAUGGUCCUCCAUGACAGUACAAUGAAGUAUGUGUCAAAAUAUAUCAACAUUGAGACAAUUGUAUCAUUGACUUGUAAAUGUUUGAGAACACAUUAAUUUGUAUAGCUUUUGUACCUCUGUCCAUUGCUUGCUCGUAACUGAAUAAAGUUUGUGUUUGACCCAU